AUGUCUUCCAUUCCUAUCAUCCAAGUCCUGGACAAAGCGGAUUACACAAAGCAACAUAUCAUCUCUCUGCCGAAUGCCCUACCCCUUCCCCCCUUAGCCUCCUCUUCUAUCCGCAUCCAAACCUCCAUCAUCGCCCUCACAAUCAACAACAUCACCUAUGCACGCAUCCGCCACAUAGGUGGCUGGUGGAGCAUCCAUCUCCUGCCCGAAUCUAUCCCCUCCGAAUUCAGCGACACCACCAAGUACGGCCGCAUCGCCGGCUGGGGCUAUGCCACCAUCAUCGACAGCACCGUUCCCUCCCUUCCCACCGGCCACCAAGUCUACGGCUUCAUCCCCAUCGGCACGCUCCCCGAGGAUCUCGAAGUCAAGCCCGCCGAAACUACAAAAGCAAUCAUCUGCACCAGCCCCCACCGACAGCAAUCCUGGACAAUUUACAACCGCUACAGCGUCUUACCCCCUCCCACCUCCACUUCCACAGCUCACCUCAACUCCCUCGGCUGGGACGCCCUAAUGCGCCGCCUCUUCGACACCGGCAGCGUCAUAAACGGCUACGUGCUCGCCUGGGACGACGCCAAACGCGUCGACACCGCCGGCGCCCGCUCCGCCUCCUGGAGCGCCUCCGACGCCGACAUCAGCGACGCUGCCGUCAUUGUCCUCGCCGCCUCCGGCAAGACCUCCCUCAGCUUCGCCCACCAAGUCCGCCACAACCGCCCCGAAGCCGCCCAGCCAAGGCUCCUCGUGGGGGUCUCCUCCCCGCUCUCCCUCGACUUCACGAAGAAGACGGGCUUCUACGACGCCGUGCUCCUCUACUCCGACGCCGAGAGCGCCAAGCCCGCCAUCGCAGCCGCCGGCGUCUCCAAGAUCGCCCUUGUGGACUUUGGUGCCCGCGAGGGCGUUACGGAGAGCUGGCACGCGGCGCUCUCGCCCACUGUAUCCAGCAUCAUCUAUAUAGGGGUCGGCAGCGAAUCAAAGGUGACGACCAACGAGGAGAUCAUCGCGGGGUUGGGGAAGCGGCAGGCGCUGGGGCUGCGGCAGGUGAAUGUGUCGGCGAUUCGAGAGGCGGCGCGGGCGAUGGGGGAGCAGGGGUUUCAGGAUGACGAGGAGGCGGCGUGGGAGGGGUUCAAGCGGGAGGGGGCGAUUCCGGGGGUAGAGUUGAGGUGGGGGGAUGGGAUGGAGGAUUUGGCGAAGGGUUGGGAUGGAUUGGCUACGGGGAAGAUUGGGCCGGAUACUGGGCUGGUGUUUAAGUUGCAAACACACCCACCACAACAGCCAUUACUCCUACAUUGGAGUCUUUACAUUGUCCCCGUGGGGAUGAAGGUCUCCGGUCUCCUUCCCAGUGUUAACGGUGUCGGUGUUGCCCUUUCGUUCGGCAACGUUGGCAAAACCUAUACCGUCAACGAUCACCAAGUAAGAGAUCGUUGUUGCAACUGGCGUUCUGAUAGCAACGCAGAGGACAGUGACGAAGACUCCUCUGACUCCACAUCUACCGAAGACUCAGAACCUUCUCGUAGCAUGAAGUCACCCCAAGCCAAAGGAGAUGGUGCAAAGAUCAUGGAAGAUAGCAUAGAAGUGUACGGACAGGCGGCGGCCGCUCUUGUUUCCACCAAUAUUCCGACGGCAGAGGAGGUCAAUGGAGAGACCGGAAAAGUUGCCGAACUUGAGCAGAACAAUGCCCCUGACGAUACCGCAGACAUUCUUGCCUUCGUGGCGGAAGACGAUGGCCGCUUGGCUCGUCUCAAGUCGGCCCCCGAGUCCAAGGGCUCGCGCGUCUUGAUCUGGAACCGUCAGAUGAAGGGUACUCAAUACCCGCACGCUCGCUAUGAUGCUCGUCUCGGAUGCCCGCCUCCCCCGUACGCCGAGGCAGCCGAAGAGGUAGUUGACUCUCCUUCUGAAACUACACCAACAGAGCCCGACCUAGGCACUGUCGCGGUCAAUGACGCUGCGGCCUUCGAGACUAAUGGGGUGAAUGAAUUAGUCCUGUCGUGCUCGGUCGGUUCCUUUUUUGAUAAAGAUACCUCCCCGCGCGCUGACUUCCCGGGCCCGGAUUAUGUGAUCAAAAAGCUUCUGGAGCAGAUCGAAGAAGCAGACGGCCAGCCUCUACCGAAGCCUAAGGCCAAUCGUCGUGUCACAUCGAAAUCGUCCGUUCUAAACACUACCCUUGUUUCAGACGGAUUAAAUAUCGAGUCUGCUCACCAUGAGCUGGGUGAAUAUCCCGAUAUUGAAGAUACUGGUAUGAGCAUCGGACGUCAUUUCAAAGAUGACUCCUUUUUCCGGGACACUCCAGUUCACUCUCGUCCCGCGUCACGCGCUGCGUCUCAGGUUGGCACUCACGUCGAAGACCCUAGCGGAUCCGGGACUCCCUCUCGCGUUGAGUCCCGUCCUGCGACUCCCACUGGGUCCCGCAUUGUCUCUCCGGCUGGAUCCCGCGCUGCGUCCCACGCUGCGUCUCCCACUGGCUCUCGCGUUGCCUCUCUUGCUGGAUCCCGCAGUGCCUCUCCCGCUGGAUCCCCCGCUGGUUGGGAGCCCCUGCACCGUUCCCCCUCCUACGACAGCGGCAGUGGCGAGGGAUCCGUCUUCGAAGUCGGUUCCCAGUUCGAACCCUCCCACCCUUACAACACCUACGUCGAUGUUGGAUACAACAUGGAGGUGGGCCUCCGCCACAACUGGGACGUGAUCACCGCCAAGGAUAUCGCUGGCAUGGAAGACCAGCCGUAUACGAAGCCGAACGAGUUCGGUUCUGAGAAGGGCAAGGUGGCCAAGGCGUGGGGAUUUGUGAAGCGGUUUCAUAAGUUUGCGUGGGGCUAUAAUGAUGUUAUCGAUGGGCUGACGAAGUCUUUUGGGAAGUAG